AUAUAUAUAUGUGUGUGGUUAUGGACUUUCUGGUAAUAUGGUUAGUGAAAUUAUUCACCAACCACAGAGAGUAUAAUUUUUCUUCUGAGUCAACUCAAAUUUUUGAAAGAAAUAAUAAAAAUAAGAAGACCAUUAAUAUUUUAAAUGUGAUUCUCAAUUUUUAAAUCAUCACCACCAACUUCAAAAAAAAAGUUCCAUUCUUUUGGUUCUUUUUUUUUUUUUUUUCCCUUCUUGUUCAAGAACUCAGGGUGGUGAUUUUAAUUUUGUUUGUUGAAUGCAUGUGCCAUUUUGAUGUCCCUUUGUCUCUAGCAUUUUUUUUUUUUUUGCCAAUUUCUAAGGAUCCUAAUACAUUUAGAACCUUUUUUCCAUUUCUCAUAACCAAUAUAUAGGUGUUGUUUUCAUAGGAAAAAAAAAAACAGCUUUCUUUUGGUGGAGUUCUUGAAAUUUUUGUCAGGAAAUUGCAAAAAAGUGGAAGAUUCAGAAGGUGCAAAAAGGGUAUUGAUAAUUGCUCAAUCGUGAAAAGGGAAUGAAAGAAAAAAGAGGAUAUUGGUUCAACAUUAGCAUUGUGGGAAUUUCUUGAGCACUUUUAACAGGAUGGAGACACCAGCAGCUCAACCUACUACUCCUCGGAAAAAGAUGACCAAACAAUUAACAGGCAAACGCGACGAUAGUGCGUUGCAUUCAGCAGCUAGAGCUGGAAAUCUCGUCGCGAUAAAAAAUACUAUCGAGGAGACAAGCGAGCAAGAAUUGGCAGAGUUGUUGAUAAAGCAAAAUUCAGCUGGAGAGACCCCCUUGUAUGUUGCGGCUGAAUAUGGUUACUAUGAGGUUGUUAGGGAGAUGAUCAUCUACUAUGAUCUUGUUGCAGCUGGAAUUAAAGCGAGGAACGGAUUUGAUGCAUUGCAUAUUGCUGCCAAACAAGGAGAUAUGGAUGUGGUGAAGAUACUAAUGGAAGCACAUCCCGAGCUCGCGAUGACUGUUGAUGUAUCAAAUACGACAGCUUUGCAUACAGCAGCGAACCAAGGGCACAUAGAGGUUGUGAAUUUUCUCUUGGAGGCACAAAGCAGUUUGGCUACUAUAGCUAAAAGUAACGGGAAAACAGCGCUGCAUUCUUCUGCAAGAAACGGACAUUUGAAGGUAUUGAAGGCUCUUUUGAGUAAGGAGCCGGGGAUCGCAACACGGAUGGAUAAUAAGGGACAGACCGCACUUCACAUGGCUGUCAAAGGACAAAAUCUCGAGGUUGUGGAGGAACUGAUUAAAGCUGAUCCUUCAUUAGUUAACAUGGUCGACAAUAAGGGAAACACACCGAUGCAUAUUGCAGCUCGGAAAGGGAGGGCUGAGAUGGUUAAAUUGCUGCUAGGGCAGAGUGAAACAGACACGAAAGUUAUCAAUAGGUCACACGAGACAGCUCUCGACACUGCUGAGAAAAUGUCACAGGUUGAGACCGUAGCCAUCCUGAAGGAAUAUGGCGUUCAGAGUGCCAAAAUCCUCAAACCACAGGCAACGAACCCUGCAAGAGAACUAAAGCAAACCGUCAGUGACAUUAAGCACGAGGUGCACGAUCAGUUAAAACACACAAAACAGACAAGAAAACGCAUACAAGGCAUUGCUAAGCGGCUUCACAAGAUGCAUCGAGAGGGGCUUAAUAAUGCGAUCAACUCAACCACUGUAGUAGCUGUACUUAUUGCCACGGUUGCCUUUGCGGGAAUAUUUCAAGUGCCAGGGCAAUAUUAUAUGGAUCCGGAUAACCUCCCAGAAGGCCAUAUAAUCGGAGAAGCAAACAUAUCGAACCACCCUGGCUUCCUUGUGUUCUUUGUCUUCGACUCCAUCGCAUUAUUCAUCUCACUAGCAGUUGUGGUUGUGCAAACAACAGUGAUUGUGAUAGAAAGCAAAGCAAAGAGGCAGUUGAUGUCAAUCAUAAACAAGCUAAUGUGGACGGCAUGUGUGUUUGUAUCAGUGGCAUAUUUGGCGCUAUCGUUUGUUGUUGUUGGCACGCGUUAUAGGCUGAUGGCGGUUAUUGUGACAAUUCUUGGAGCAACUAUAAUGGCUUCAACAAUAGUUGUAAUGUUAUAUUGGGUCAUUAGGCAUCGGAUUGAGUCAUCAAACAAGAGGAGCAUGAGAAAGAACUCUUUGGCUAGUAAGUCUAUGGAAGGGUCUGAUUCAGUCCUUUCUGAUGACAACAAUGAAUUCAAAAUGUAUGCUAUAUAAGAUAUUGUAACUUCUUUUUUCUUCAAGUUUAAGGGGGGAUUUGACAAUUGAAAUUUGUUUUUCAACCAUCAUUUUGGUGGAAAAUUUUGAAAGUGGUGCUAUUUUACACGGCUCGAACCUCCAACUUACUAAUUGGCGAUACGAAUACUCAAUCAAGUGAGAUUCUUUUUUUUCCUUUUUCAAAUUUCUAGUGUUAUUUUAGCCGAAAGCUAAGAACUUGUAUAGACAAAGAAUUUAUUGCAGACAGCAGUUGUUCCAUACCAACUACCAUUACUUUCAAGUAGAGGAUGGAAUUUCCAUAAUAAUGAUG